ACGAUCCACGUCUCUUCACAGCGCCCAUUCACCACUAUGCUCUUCGGGCUCAUCCCACGCAAGAACCGCAAAGGAAAGGGCGUAGACUCGGCGGAGCGACCGCGACGCUCAGCCAGCGAUGGGACACGUACGUUCUGAUGCGUGCGGCGAGGCUGACGCAGUGUCGGCUCGAGGCGAGCGGAAGGAGCAGGAGGGUGGUGGCGAGGGGCGCGCCAAGUCGCACACGGCGUCGGACACCACCAAGGACAAGCGGCGCUCCCUCUUUGGCCGGCUGUGGGAGCACUCGCAUCACGAACACGUGCACAUUCAAGACCCGAGUUCGAGCACUUACGCCGGGCACCCCGCGUACGCCGAGCCUGCGCGCGGUCGAGCAGGGGCGGGGGCGGGGACGGGGGGUCAGGCUGAAAGCGGUCGACACGGACCCCACUAUAAAAUCCAGCUCCUCGCGCCGCCCAAGAAGAAGAAGAAGGAGAAAGAGCUCACGACGCUCGCCGAGGCCGCCAAGGCCCUGCCAGCACUGCACGAGGAGAGCGAGCCGCCCUCGCCGAUCUCGCAGCGCGGACUGAUGGACCUGGCUGAGAUCCUCGCUGAGACGCCGCCGACCAGGAUAGUACGUGACGCCCCGGGGCCCGCGCAUCCGGCGCCCGCGACUGCGGGUCUCGCAGAGGCGGACCCCGAGCGCGCUCUGACCGGCACGAGCACGCCCGAGCGCCUGCCCUCCACGCCGCCCGCGACGCCGUUCGCACCCGAGACUGAGCCGCGGCGGGCGGUGGACCAGCUCACUCCCAUCCUAGAGAUGGACCACGCGCUUGCGCUAUCUCAAGCCGUCUUCACGCCGUCCUCUGAGCCAUCCGAUCCGUCCGAGUCCGCCAACCCUGCCACGGAGGCCUCGGACCCAACCUCUUCCUCCACGCCAGCAGCCCCCUCGCGCGCCGAACCCGCCACGCCGCCCGCCACGCCCAUGCCCCAGGCCCCGAUCCAGCGCGACUUCGCAUACCACCGCGGCGCUGUAUCAUUCUCGUAGGUCGCGGAACCACCCACACCACCCGCCACGCCCAUGUCCCCGACAGUACAGGCAGGCCAGGGAGGGCAGGC